UUCCCAGCAGGGUUUAUUUUUCUGUCUUUGUCCCUUGUACUGAGCUGUAGCUAGAACUGAAAAUAUUAAACGUUAAGACUGCAGGUUUCCAUUUAAAUUGUAUCUUUGAAUUCUCCUUUUUUAUUUCUUUUUUGUCUUUUAAGAAUUUGGAUUGUCAAGAAUUCAUGAUGAUGAGCCUUUUUUUUCCUCUUUUAUUUGUCUCUGUUCUGUGUAUGAACAGCUUCUCAGGAGUGCAGGGAAGGAAGUGGAAAGGUGAAGGUACUACUCAAAACUUGGAAAGUAUUGUCAUUGGAAGAUGCUAUGAUUAUAUUAGAAUUGUGAACCCUGCUGUUGGUGAGAAGAAUUGUUCACAGAUAUGGGAAGCAUUUAAAAAUGCAUUUAUUAACAAAGAUCCUUGCAGCAUUCUACCUAAGGAUUAUGAAUUAUUUAUCAAUCUCACAUUGCACACGAUUCCACCUAACAAGUCUCUUUUCUGGGAAAAUAAUCAGCUAUUAGUCAAUAGCUUUGCUGACAGAGGACGUCGCUACAUGUCUCUGGGUGAUACUCUGUUUGGCUUCGUUGCAGAUUUUCUGUACUGGUGUGGGCAGGCAGACAGCCCUGGACUGGACUAUGAAUCCUGCCCUACAAUGGUGGAAUGUGAAAACAAUGCAGUGGACUCUUUCUGGAGGAUGGCCUCAAUCACUUAUGCACAGCACAGCUCUGGGGUGAUACAUGUCUUGCUGAAUGGUUCUGCAGAUGGAGGAGCUUAUCCACAGCCAGGUUUUUUUGCAGAUUAUGAAAUACCUAAUCUCCAGAAAGACAAAAUUUCACAAAUUGUCAUUUGGGUUGUGGAUGAUAUCGAAGGACCAGAUAUAGAUUCCUGUGGAGUUAAUACUGUAAAGACAUUAGAAACCAGGCUGAAAACUCUUGGUUAUGAUGUCACUUGCACUGACAAUAACAAGUCUGUAGUGUUCUUACUCUGCCUGGGUAAUCCUGAUGAUUCUAAGUGUGCCCUUGCAUCAUCUGCACCAGCUGCACAAAGAGGACCUAUAUCUUCAGACAGAGGAGGCAGCUGGAACAAGCUCAUGUUUGUUUCUUUUGCAGGCUUCUUGUUCAGAUUUGCUUUAGUGUACUAAGUUAAUCAACUGAAUCCAUAUCCUCUGUUUGCCUUAGCUGGCUAUAAAUUUGGUUUCAGCUAAUUUCUAACAGUAGUUUCCUUCUACUUUUGGGUCUGGCAAACCUGCAUAUUAAACUUGCAUACUAGAUACUGGCUUAUUUUAGUAUCAAAAAUUAUCCCACAGCUGCUAGAAAGCCUCACCCUUAAUUUUCAUUUCUUUUUCUAUAAUAAGUUAAUUGCUAUUUCCUCUUAUCUUUAUUCUCCAGAAUUAAACUGAGAGUAAUACUUCCUGUUCACAUAUUUCAGAUAAUAAAAUUAUACUAUGUCUGUCAUGCAUCACCCACAGAGAUAACUUGUUUGUAAAACCAUCCUAGCAUCUGACCUUGGAAACUAAGGGACCGAUUAUCAUGUUUUGGGAGGCCGAAACAUAAAUUCAAGUGUGAGAGAUCUUAGAUUGCUCACUUGAUACAAGAUGCAGUAGGUAAGACAGUGAAAAAGUAAACUCAUUUUCAUAAGUGGUCCAGUACUUGGACCAAACUUAAAAACUAGGGUGUAGCAGGAUUCUGGGUGCAUACUUGCCUACAGUAUUUUACCACAUAAUAUCAAUUGCCUCAUUAUCAACACAGCUCUUCCUCAGCUGGCUGUUUCCUGGCCACUAGACAGCAAAUAGUCAGAAAUACCAGGUCUAGAAAGUUCCACAGUUUUUCCACCACAAUGUGAUUUAUGGUAUAUCAAAUUCAGAUAAGAACCUGCCAAGUCAGACAUUGGCCUGCUUGCAGUAAGCUUGGAUAGCAGGGUUCAGAACACACUGAGGAGAGAGCAGAUGCCAGCCUGAAGGUUUCUUGGGUUACUUGUGUGAAUUCCAGUGCUCCAACUAGAUGCUCCUCUAAACCAUCAAGACAUCCAGCUACCAAGAUGACAUAUAAAUCUUCAGAAGAAAAUAGUCAUUCCACUAGAGAAUAACUUGAUGUAGAUAUUUUUUGCACAUU